GAUGUUACGGAGCUGAUGUGUCCUCUGUGUGGAGACGAUUGAUCUGUCCUUGGGGGGAAAUGACGGAGUGUGACAAGCUGCCAUGACAGAUAGGAGCACUCGGACGAGGGAGAAAUGGGUGCAAUGGCAGCAGAGGAUGCAUAGGGGGAAGAAGGAUUAGGUCCAGAGUGACGGAUGUCUGAAGGAACUUAAGAAGAAUCUUUUCAGAUACCAGAUGAAAUAAGCAGGAUGGGUACAUUUGUGACCCUGGCAGAAGUGUUGGAGGCCCGGGGUUCACCACUGGACGAGGAUGAGGUCUGGUGUCUGCUGCUCGCCACCUCUGAUGCCUUACUGGACAUUUCCAAAAAAGGUUCAGGUAACAUGUGCAGUGUGCUGAGCCCAGGCUCGGUGCUGCUGUCCGCCAGUGGGAGUCUGGCCUUUAAGAGCUGUGCACGAUAUGAAGAUGUGUCCUCCUUCACAGCUCCGGAGGUCCAGCAGGGUCACGCCGCCUCCACCAGGACUGCAGCCGAAAAGAUGGUUGUGUACUCACUGGGGAUGACUCUUUAUUGGUGUGUUGAUUAUCAUCUACCUCAAAACCAGCCGGUCCAGCUGAGUGCAGAGCUGGAGGGUUUGCUGCUGAGCAUGUGCGAGGACAUUGUGGUCAGGCGGACCGACCUGCUGACGGUGCUAGAGACCUGUGAACUUCACAGCAGGACCUCGAUGCUGCCUCCUGCUGAACGGUUCAUCAGGCAGCUGGUAGAAGAUGUCUACAGGAACUCAGUUGAUCACAUGUCCAUGGCUGAAAAUGGAUCCCGGCUAACAGACCGCAGUCAAAUGAUCAGGGACAGAUUACACAGAGGUUCUAUUAGUAACUCAACAUGGGCGCUAAGGAAGAAGAUUUCUAGAACGUUCUCCAGAGCAUGUUAUCCAUGCGAGCCCACAAGGGUUCCCUCGGGAGGUCGGCACAGGGAGAGUUACGGCAGCUGGCAGCAUCUGAACCGCAGCCCCUGUAGUCCGUACAUGGACGGUAAUAGAAACUCCAACUCAAGAUCCCUCGCACAGUUUGAUUCCACAAUGAGUCUGAAUGACAAGAAACUGAAGGACAUGGGACCUGAGUUUAUUAGAAUGUUAGAUGAGCCGCUGGUUGUCUUGGAGCUGCCUGGAUCCAUCGUGUCCAAAAAAGGGAAAUCUCCAACCACUCAGAGAGAACUGAGUGUGCUGAUGCCAAAUGGUCAGAGCAUCCUGGUCAAGUGUGAGGUGAAAUCCAGAGGAGGGGAUGUCUUUGACAUGAUUGUGGCUCACUCCAACCUGGUGGAACAUUUCUACUUUGGCCUUGCUUAUUUUGACGAUAAUGAAUUCUUCUUUGUGGACAAUGACACCAAGAUUUCCAAAGUUGCUCCAGAUAGCUGGAAGAAAGUGCCUACAACCACCUUUGUCCUUUUCUUCAGGGUCAAAUUCUUUGUCAAUGACAUUUCUCUUUUGCACAAACAGACCCGCCACCAGUAUUACCUCCAGCUUAGGAGAGAUCUUUUAGAGGACAGACUGUCCUGCCACGAGGAGACUGCUCUGUACCUCGGAGCUCUGGCCCUGCAGACAGAGUGUGGAGACUGCAUGCCUGAGGUGUACGGUAGGAACUACUACCGCCCUGACCAGUAUGUUUCCAAGAGCGUGAUGGAGAAACGUGCCUUGCCUUACAUUCAGGAGGAGCUGCUCCGACUUCACACCAACAACGCUCAGAUGCUCACCGACGAAUCAGAACUUGAGUUCCUUAAGGUUUGUCAGCAGUUGCCUGAAUAUGGCGUGUUGUUCCACCGUGUGAUGCGUGAGAAAAAGCCCAUAGAAGGAGAGAUCAUCCUCGGGGUUUGUGCCAAAGGAAUCAUCGUGUACGAGGUUAAAGAUGGCUGCCGAUCCACCAGUCAGACUUUCUAUUGGAGAGAAACAGCAACAAUCUCCUCUAAUAGGCGUAAAUUUGUAAUAGAAUGCCGGGGCAGCAAGAAGAAGUACACCUUCAUCACAGAGAGAUCGAAGAUAGCCAAAUAUCUGUGUGACCUCUGCUCAGCCCAACACAAGUUCAACAAUGAGAUGAACUCUCGUCAGCUCAGCCACAGCCUGGUCUCAGAGGAGAACAUCGUGCAAUAUGCGGCAGUGUGUCGCUCUCAGAGCAGCCGGCGCAAGUCCUUCUCCUGUUCAGAGACGCCACAGGAUGACAGCGGUUUGACCACACCUCAGGAUGAGUCCCUAAACAAGCUGUGUUAUGAUGUCGCAGCCAAGAUCGAGGCCCGCAUCAAACAGCAGCGCCUCCAUGAGCAGAGUACCUGCUCCAGCAGUCAGCGCAGCAGCACUGGGAUGCGUUCCCCAGCCUGCUCUCCGAGGAGCGGAUCUGAGGCACCGUCUACCUCCCCAGCAGCCAGAGAGACUCCAACAAAACUGGGGUCGUCGUCAGAGAGAGAAGUCAUAUGUGUUACCUUAAAGAAAGACCCGAAGCUUGGCCUGGGUGUAGUGAUAGUGGGAGAGGACACUGUGGGGCAUUAUGACUUGGGCAUCUUUGUUGCUUCCAUUGUGCCUGGUGGACCUGCUGAUAAGGAUGGACGCAUCCGACCAGGUGGUCGUCUGAUCUCUCUAAACCACAUCAGCCUGGAGGGCGUCACCUUCAGCGAGGCAGCGGAGGUCAUGCAGAGCAGCCCUGAGGAGGUGCAGCUCAUUAUCUCACAGCCAAAAGUGGGCCUGAGUCCAAACAGUGUGCGCUCUUCUGUGUUGAGGAAUAACGAGUGCAACACUACACUGAUGACAGACAGUCGAUCAGGAGACUACAGCUUGGAUGACAUUAUGCCGGUCAUGAUGACGCCAAAGACCGGCAACAGGCUACACGUUCCCCGAGAAGUACGAAUCCUCAGUACACAGGACAGGCCAGAGGAGAUCACUGUGGAGCUCAGAAAGAUAUCAGGAAGUCUGGGCAUCAGCAUCUCUGGUGGUGUCAACACUAACCUUCGUAAUGGAGGAAUCUACAUCAGAAGCCUUGUUCCAGGAGGGGCUGCCGAGAGAGACGGACGUAUACAUUCAGGUGACAGAGUGUUGGAGGUGGAUGGGAUUAACUUCCAGGGCUUCACCUACCAGCAGGCUGUGGAGUGUCUGAGUAAAACAAGAGAGGUGGUAACCUUAGUUUUGGAGAGGGUGUCGAUGAACCUACCCAGGGUUUCUCUCAGUGCAGACACCAACAGCAGUGGGUCCAAUCAGAGCAUGAGUCCUGCUACGAGCCGGCUAAGGAUCAACAGCUGCUCGUCCAUCAGUACGAGUCCAAACACAAUCUCUGACCAGUCCAGGGACUACAGCUUUGUCACUGAAGACAACACCCAGGAAGUGACUCUAACUAAGAGUGCCAACGGCCUAGGCUUCAGUUUCAUAAUGUGCGAGCUGGAUCCGCCCACUCAGGACUUUGGCAGCCUGGUCCGGAUAAAGCAGCUUUUCUCCGGCCAGCCCGCCCAGCAGAGCGGCAGGAUCCAGGAGGGAGACGUGCUGUUGGCCAUCAAUGGCCAGUCACUCAAGGAGCUGUCAUAUCCAAGGGUGCUAAAGCUGUUCAAGACUUCACCACCUGAGGUUCGACUGACUCUCAGUCGACCUGCACCAGGGAUCCUUCCUUCCAUCGAUCACUUUACUGGCACGUGAGAGAUGACACAGUGUCGUACUGCACCAGCAUCAUGGGAUGUUCAGAAGCAUCACUGUGUUUCCUGAUCAGUCCGGCAGUGGUGAUGGAAACCGAGUAAAGACUGACCGAUUGGGAUGUGAUCAGUGCACUAAACUGAUGUUAUUGAUGGACUCUGACACUGCUGAAAGGCAUACUAAAGAAAUAGAAGAGGAGACCAGAAUGGUUGGAGGCCAAAUCUGGAUGGAUCUGUGGAGGCAACCGUCAAAUAAAAUGGGAAAUCAGAAAGAGUCAUUUUGUCGACUGUCAACUGAAGAAAAAACUGAAAUCAACUGUAGAAGAAUUAUUGAUAGAAAUGUUGUUGAAGACACAAGAAAAGUCCACACAUACGGAGAAUAUAUUGCAUUUUGAAAUUACUUGGACUUUGGAAUGACUUGUGAA